AUGGAAGGUUUGGAAGCCUCCGAGGAUGGAAAGAAGAAAUCUAAGUUUAAAGCCUUUAAGAGCUUUUUUGGCAAGAAGAAGAAGAAAGAAGCAGAAGAAGUCUCCUCCGAAGCAGCAGGGCCAAAGCCCAGGGUUUCCAGCAGCAGUGUUGUUAGUGUGUCUUCUCUGCAGCCAGUUCUGGAAAUGCAAGUGAUGGAGUCCAAGCCCAAGAGCGGCAUGGGAGCCAAGUCCAUAUCUCAUGACAGUGUCUUCUGUUCGGACCCUGAGCCUGAAAAAACAGCAGGCAAGCUACACUCUUCUCCAGAGCCCCAGAGAAGCAGAUCACUGAAGAUUCAAGCUCUGCGCUCACGGGGACUCAGCAUCAGCCCACUCCUUACCCGAUCUGAGAAAGUCUCUCAGGACUUGGAAAAAUUCUUUGCCAGUGACAGGACACCCAAGAGCUCCAGAAGGAGGUCUUCACACUGUUCUUCAACACCAAGGAAGAGCUUCUCUGAACUGUCCUCGGAUCCUGAGCUAUCACAGUCUUCUGAAAGCAGUGCUCAGCAGCCCUCGGGUUUCAGCACCCCAGCCACCUCACAGGGAUGCUUGGAUUCUUCAGCUGCUAAAUACAAGAUAGCUUUAAACCCCCGGAAGCAGAAGAAGAAGAAGUCAAGUUCCACAUCCGUGAAAGUAAAUCAGGAGGAGCAAGUCUAUUCAGUGCCACCCAAAGAGAAGUCGACAAUCAAGACAAAACAAGCCGAGCAGAACGAGCAGAAAAUGGACAGUCCAGGACGCUCAAGCCAGGAGCAGAGCUACAAAACCGAGACUCAGGAUAAGACAGUAGAUGAGACUCCAACUACUGAUGCUGCCUCAAGCUACUCUAUUUUAGGCCUCAAUCCAAGAAGACGUAGAAGAAGGGCCAAAAAUGAGUGGGGGAUCAUAGAAAGAGGCCUUCUAAAAUCCACUCAAGGGUAUAACCUGAGCACCAAAGUUGAGUCCUCAGCUACUGAAGAGAUGCCUGGUGGGGAGCACUCUUUCUUGCACCUGUUCUUGGAGAAGAAAGGCGCAGGGCAGCCCACAACUACAGAAGCAGAAAUUACUAGUCUUCAGGAAAUGCCAUCAGAUAAAGGGGAUGUGGAGAGGGAAUUGGCCGACAUAGAUGUGGAAGCUCAAAGAGCACCAGCACCACAACCUACAUCUACAGAUGUGGCAGAGUCCUUGAUUAGUGGUCCAUCACCAUGCCAUGAACAUGGUCCUUCUGAAGGCAAGAAGAGAAAGGACAAAACUGUGUUGCAGUGGAUGAGAAAAUCUACAAGCCAAGAAGAGGCCACUAUCUCGAGGAGGGACGAGGCUCAAGUGCAUAUGCGUCCUUCUGAAGUCUGUGGAGAAGAGGAAGAAGUAUCCAGUCCUUGUAUGCCAAAGUUUCAACUCCAAAUGGAGUUAUCCUUGGAGAGCACAACUUACCCCAAAGAGAAGCAUCCAAGAAGUGGUCUCCGGGCCCUUUCUACAAGUGUUUCAAGUGCUACUGCAGAAGAUGAUGCUUCUAUACAGAUGACACCUCUCCCUCUCAGAAGGUGGCCAAAUACAAGGGAAAUCUCCUCAGAUUCAAAGAGUACCUCAGAGUAUGAGAGUAGUUCUGAAAUACAGCUGAGUCCUGCACGUUCUUUCAAGCCUACCUACAAGCCUAAAGAUGCUGUUGCUGCUGCUGAUAAAGAAGAUGGAGAUGAUGAUGAAGAUGAAGACGAUGAAGAUGAUGAAGAUGAUGAUGUCUUCCUCAAAUCAGAAAAUGUAGAUGUCAAAAUGAGCAAGAUGGAUCCAAAACAGCCUCUCAGAUAUUCUUCCCAGUCAUUAGGAAAAUCCAAAGCUAGAGGAGCUUCUGCAGAACUAGAGAGCUCUUCAGAAGAUGAGAGAAGUUGUGAGGAAAUGACAUCUGCGCACUCUUCCCAGUCCUUGGAAGAGUUUGAAGAAUGCUCAGAAUCAAGAAUUUUCACCAGAGGUUCUGUCCCUGAAGAACAGCCAGCAACCAGGCACCAUUCCCAGACCUUGCAGGAGUUAGAGGAAAAGGAAGUUUCCACAGAAUCAAGUAGUUAUGUUGAGAAGUACCACAGUUCCGAGGAUCUGAGCAGCUCAGAGGAAGAGCAGCAAGAGUUGUCCCCAGUUUCAAAGAGUUCUCUAAAACAAUGGAAUGCUCCUGGCAAGUCAGUGCGCCCCAUACACAGUUCUCCACCCAUUGUAAGUUCAAGUACGCAACAACAACCUCCUAUCUUGGUGAACAUUUCUGUAGGACCAAACAAAUCUGCAGAGCCACAGCCUUCCACAAACACUGUCAAGUCUUGGGUGAGCCCUCGGUCUGAGCAUCAAGUAUUUGCACAGCCAGAAGGUGUUUCUGCUGACUGGGACAUUUUUAUGCAGCCACCACCAACCAGGCCAAGACUUGAGCAAGAAGUUUCUGUGGAUUCGGAACUUACUGUUUUUGAAGAGAGUAUUGCUGCACAGCCUUCCAGAUAUCCUCUGAAGCCUUCAGUGAGGCCAGGCAUCAAGAAAGAAAUAUCAUCGAGUGCAGAAAGUGCCGCAUUUGAGGCGGGUGCUUCCUUGGAGUGCCCACCUCCCCAGCAUCCUUCUCAGCCUCUAUUGAAACCCUUUGUCCAGCAACAGGUAUCUGCUUUGGAAAAAGGUAUUUCUAUGGAUCCAAAGUUUCCGACACAGUACCAGCCAUGGAUGAAGCCUCAAGGAAAGCAAUCAUUUUCUUCCACUCCAGAAAGCACAGUGUUUGAAGGGAGCACUUCUACGGAGCAUAUGGCUCUGACUGUUUCCCAGCCUAUGCUACAGCCUUAUCAAGAAGUGCCGUUAGAAUCCGAGACUGUUGCUGCUAAAAUGAUUUCCAAGGGCCAACUGCACCCCAAAUAUUCUGCUCAUCCCUUACCAAGUCAUCAAAGCCAACCAGUCCCGGAAAGCACCUCUGUAGAAGAUGCCAUUUUAAUGGAGCUGCUGCCUCCUCAGUCUUCAGUGAUACCCAAAUUCCAGCCACUGAUGACCCAAGAUCCACAAAUAUCUGUACCCCCAGGCAGUGUUCCUGCUGCAUGGGCCGUUCCUAUUUAUCCACCAGCUACCAGAAUGGGAUCAGCUCAGCCCUUGAUGGGAUCAGUCAUCACUGUAGAGCCAAAACCUUCUAGGUACUCUGUGCAGCAAUGGCAGAGCACAGCAUUUGAACAAGUCUCUGUAUCCCCAGACCGUGCUGCUUCAUGGAGCAUUCCUCUCGAUCCACCAGCUCCCAGGAGAACUCAGCCAUUGAUGGGAUCAGUUGUCAAGCAACCAACCUCCAAGGAGUUAGCAAGUCUUUCUUUGCCAAAGAGCAGCACUCUACCUUCCAGAUUCCCCUUCCAGCGAAGAGUAGAUCCAGAGCGCUAUGCAGUAGAGGGAGUUGCUACAUUGAGGAGGCCUAGAAGGCAGCACUCUCAGCCCCCAGUGACCCCAGAUUUCAAGGAAGAAGUUUCCCCAGGUUCUCUGAGAGCUUCUGGAGAAAGGAGCAUUCCUAUGGAAUCAAUGCCUCCCAAAUAUGCUCAUCAGCCAGCCUCGGGUCUAGAAGGUGUUGCCAGAGAGGGGGGUGUUUUGAGGGAGGCCUGGCUUUCGGGACAUCCUUCCAAAACAAUUACCAAACAUAAAGUUGAGAAAACACCCUCAAGCUUUGAGGGUACCUCUAUGGAGGGAGGCAUUCCUUGGAGGCCACCGCCUCCCAAAUGUCACACCCCAUUCUCAAUAAGAUCUAAAGUUCAGGAAAUGUCCUCGCGUCUAGAGAGUGCUUCUGCUCAAGAGAGGCCCAAGAAACCACAGAACACCAGGCCACCUUCCAAGUCCUUUGUGAAAUUCAUGGCACAGCAAGUAUUUUCAGAGAAUGCCGCUAGUGAAAUGGACCUUUAUUCAAAGCCCUUUACUCGGGGCCGAAGCCGUCCUUCCAGAUCCCUACUGAAGCCUAAACUCGACGAGCAUGGCUUCUUAUAUAACUGGGAUGACGAGCCCAAGAAAGACACCACAUUAAAGAAUCUGCCCAUGAAGCAGCCUUUUCAGUUAUCCAGAAAGUCCGAAGAGCCUCAAAAAGUUUUGCCGUUUUCUGAGGGUGCCUCUGUGAAGUGGAGCACUUCUUCCGGGGAUGUCUCUCAGCCCCUGGGGAAGCUUGACUACAAGCAGAAAGCCUCGGUUUGUUUUCCCGAUGAGUGGAAGAGGUCUGAAGGACAGCUGCCUUCCACACAACCUUCUCAAGCCUUCGAUGUAGCCGAGUUGCAGCCACGGGUUUUACCAGCGGACUCAGCAAAUGUUCCUGCGGAGUGGAGAAUUUCUGAGGGCCAUCAGCCUCCUGGUCACCCUCCUCAGUCUUUCUUGAUUACUGACUAUCAGCAACAAGUUUAUGUAAACUCUGCCAAUGCUGCUGCUGAAGGAGCCAUUCCUGAGAAGAAGACUGGCUACUGGCCCACGCUGAAAGGCCCAGCUUCGACAAAAAAUGUGAAAUAUGGACAAAGCUACGGGGAUUUCACUAAAAGCACCCCAACUUCUGUUACCAAACCUGCCACCUUGGCUUCUGCUCCCGCCCAGAAACCAUUUGUUUCCAUGAGCACUUAUUUUAAGGACGAGGUUCCUCAGUGUUGUGAUGUAAGUGGAAGUUCUCCACUUCUAUCUACCAGCAAGGCUGAUGUCGAAAAUGUUUUCGGUGUGCGGUUGCGCAGAACCUCAAAGAAGAUUGGAAUGGAGAAUCCAGAUCCUUGCAAGCCAUUUGUCCCAGUUUCAGUAGCAGGAGCAAGCAAAGAACAGGCAAACAAAGGAGCUCUCCAGGACUCAGGCGGAGCUCCAGAGAAGUCCAGCCCAGCAUUUGAGGAAAAGCAAGGGAACAGGCCCAGAUAUGAAGGCACUUUGAAGAAGUCAGCAGUUUACAGACCUCCAGGUGAGAAAAAGACCUCUAGUUGGAAGGCAGAUUCCUCUAUGGAGCCAGCUUGGAUCACCAUGGUAAAACAGCGGCAAAGGGGCUUUGCAUCCCACUUUCUUAAGAAACCCAGGACCAGAUCUGAAAUUAGGGCUGAGACCAAGGAACCUAGAUAUGAGGAAUCUGAGCCAAUAACUGAUAUCCUACCAAAGAUGACUUUUCUUUCCACUAUCCCCAGACACGAGAUGCCACAGUCAGGGCAGCAUACAAAAGCAGUUGCAUUUGACAGUCAGAAGAUGCUUCACCCAUAUACCAGGGAAAGAGAAGCCAAACGAUCUUCAAGUCUUCCAUCGAAAUUUCUACAGCCUGAGGAGCCUGAGUGGUUCUCAAUGGCCAAGAAGAAAGCCCAAGCAUGGAGCCAAAUGGCGGAUAUGAUGCAAUAA